AUGGUGGGGAACAGGCGGCGGGAGCUGCAGGAGAGGGACAGGAGGCGGCGGGAGCUGCAGGACAGCGCGCGGCGGGAGGAGCUCGGGCGGGAGAGCAGGGAGGCGGCGGCGGCGGCCGCCAUGGCGGCGGCGGGCAAGGAGAGGGCCAGGGAGAAGGGGAAGGGGAAGGAGCGGGAGAAUGGCGGAGAGGGCGGCAAGUUCGGCCAGCAAUUCGCCAGGGUGUUCCUGCCGCAGCUCUACGGGGAGAGAUUGAAAAUUCCACCAUCAUUCAACCAGUACCUUCAGGAUCAGCCUACUGGAGUGGUUUCCCUAAAAGGUCAAAGUGGCAACACAUGGCUUGCAGAGCUGGCUUCAGACAAUGAAGGAUUGUUCUUUGUGAAGGGAUGGAAGGAAUUUGUCAGAGACCAUUCGAUUGAGAUGGGUCACUUCUUAACAUUCCGUUAUGAUGGACGCUCACAAUUCUCAGUGGUCAUCUUUGAUGGAAUGUGCAUUGAGAAGCCUUCAGCUUUUCAUGCUAAGCCUCGCAAGAAUCUGGUUGUUAAAAUAGAAAGUGGUAAAGGGGACAUGGACAUCAAUGCAGCUGAUCCAUCACAAGUAUCGGCUGCCCCCUUGGAGGAGAGUAAUGAAACCACAAGGAAGAGGGUUACAGAAAUGGAUGCAGAUGGCUCUACAUCGAAGAAGCGCUCUAGUAUCUUGGAAAACGGUAUGCCUGAAGCUUCGGCUGUUACAUGUAAGGUGGCAUCAACGAGCCUUAACGUGGACAUGAAUACAGCUGACCCACCAGAGGCAGUGGUUGUUCCCUUAGAAGAGAGCAACCAAACCACUAGGAAGAGGGUUAGAGAAAUCGAUGCAAAUGGCUCUGCAUUGGAGAAGUCCUUGAGGGUUAGAGAAAUCGAUGAAAAUGACUCUGCAUUGCACAAGUCCUCGAGGGUUAGAGAAAUCGAUGCAAAUGACUCUGCUUUGCACAAGUCCUCGAGGGUUAGAGAAAUCGAUGCAAAUGACUCUGCGUUGCAGAAGUCCUCGAGGGUUAGAGAAAUCGAUGCAAAAGACUCUGCAUUGCAGAAGUCCUCGAGGGUUAGAGAAAUCGAUGCAAAUGACUCUGCGUUGCAGAAGUCCUCGAGGGUUAGAGAAAUCGAUGCAAAUGACUCUGCGUUGCAGAAGUCCUCAAGGGUUAGGGAAAUCGAUGCAAAUGACUCUGCAUUGCAGAAGUCCUGUAUUGCCUCAAACAAGGAUAAGAAAAGGUGUCCUGCAGCUUCAGUCGGUACUUACAAGUCAGCUUCAACAAGUCUUGACAGUACUGAAGAUUCUGAUUCCUCAAGCAGCAUGUUAGAACAAAGUAUCUCUUGCAUCAAGUCUGAAUUGACAUCACCCAUUCGGCUCGGAGUGAGUAAGGAUGUUGCUAGACGUGGUCAAACUAGCGCGACGGGUAAGAGACUACUAAGAGUACUAUCACAAAGGCCACUGAUAACUGAAAUACAGAAGGACAAUGCUCUGCUAAGGGCAAAACAAUUUAAAUCCAAGAAUCCUUUCGGUCUUCAGAUAAUGAAGGAGUCUUAUGUAUAUGUGGGAUUUUUCUUGAAUCUACCCUGUGAAUUUGUAAGGGAGUGUCUUCCCCGUGCCCACAGGAAGUUAAAGCUCUGGAAUCCACAAGGAAAGUCUUGGGAUGUUAACUAUGUCUACUACAGCGAACGCUGUGGUGGCGGUUUGAGUGGUGGCUGGGGCAAGUUUUCUCUAGACAAUAAUCUGGAGAAGUUCGACGUGUGCGUCUUCGAGCUCUUCUCGAAGGACAACAUAAAAGUACACAUCUACAGAGUCGUCCCAGAAAUAACCCCAUUCCUCCCUGGUCCUGGCAAGAAAUAA